ACCCUAACCCAUAUUUUUGUUUAUGAACCCGCUCCAAUGAAUUCCACAUCAUCAGUUGAUUUAGGGCUAAGUGAUAACUGCAAUGAAUACGUCAGUUGUUUUGUGAAAAUUAAACAAUUUAAAUAAGCAGCCCUUAAAGUAAUGAAACUGCCUGACUGAGUGAAACCAAAAGCCUUUAAAUUAAACAUGAUUUCGUCGUUUGUUACGUUACUCAUCUUGUGCUGUGCCUACCAAGAAAUAGUCUCCACCGAACUCACUUUUGAGUUGCCCGAUAAUGCUAAACAGUGCUUCUACGAAGAAAUUAAAGCUAAUAAUACAGGUUCGUUGGAAUUCCAGGUAAUAACUGGAGGUCAGUAUGAUGUAGAUGUCGUACUGAAAGACCCAAAAGGCGAAAUUCUGUAUCAAAAACAGAAGCUGCAGUUCGAUACCGUUUCAAUUGAAGCGAAAACGACUGGAGUUCAUGAAGUGUGUUUCAGUAAUGAAUUUUCCACAUUUUCGCAUAAAAUAAUUUAUUUGGAUUUGAAAAAUGGUGAAGAGGAAGACCCACUACCGGGACUUGGAGAACACAUAACUGCUUUAACGCAGAUGGAAACGUCAACAGUGGAUAUGCAUAAGUUUCUCAACGUAAUCAUUGAUAUCCAAACUCGCCAUCGUCUGCGUGAAGCGCAUGGACGAAAACAAGCUGAACAGUUAAACGAAAAAGUGCAAUUGUGGGCCCUAUUUGAAACUGUGAUCAUUAUAGUAAUAGCUGGUAGUCAAACUAUUAUGCUUAAGAGUUUUUUCUCAGAUAAACGGAUUUUGAGUGUCUCCGAUAAACGACUUUUGGGUGGACAUUAAGCCUUUGUUUAAUGCACGGUGGAAGGUAAAAGGUAAGUAUACAGAAAAAUUGAGUGGAUUCGUGCAGUAUAAGCUGAGCGUGGUUGAUUUAAUUGUAAUAAGAUAGAAUGUGGUUAUUUUUCCUUCGAAUAUCAUGGCGGGGUUGAUUGUUUUGUUAUAAAAAGGGCCAGUUCUAAUUACUAGGAGUAUGAACGCUAGUAAGACUAAUCCUUUAAUGUAUCAACGUUUUCAAAUUACUCAACGUUUUUUGCAUUUUGUCUCAAUUCAACCGGUUUUUGUAGUAGUAAGUAAAUAGACCUGUCUUAUGUAACCCGCAAAGUCAUGUAAAUAAUACUUAUAAAUAAUACUUAAAUUAUUUGUAUGAUGGCACAUAAUAUAUUUUACUGAAUAUAUGAACUUGGGCGCAA